GUAAUCCGCUCGAAUCCGAUAGCACUGGUAAUCAGUGUGACUUCAUGUUGUGCUGAAAUGGCCAUUCACAUGUUUGUCUUUGUGUGGGCACCAUUGUUUAUAAGAGCUGAACAUAAAGGCACAAGCCUUUACACUCUUGGAGUGAUCUACGCUUCAUUUGUUGCAUCGUAUCUAGCUGGUCUACUUCUAGUUCGUGAACUGCCUUUUCUCAGUAGCGACUGGACUGAAACUCGUUUUGAGCGUGUUUUCAUAUGCUUGGUGAUAUUUGAAAUGGCUUGUGGAGUUUACAGCCCAGCUAUGGAGGCUUUGCAGACCACUGUACUACCGUUCCUUCAUCAGCGCUCUGUUCUUCUCGCGCUUGUUCGUCUACCAUUGACAUUCUUCGUUUCGCUGUCAAUUCUCACAUUCUUCCCAACUCCUGGGGGAGAAUUCAAACUGAUGAUAUUCAUUGUCGUGCAGUUAUUCAUUGCCGCUCUACUUUCCCUGCUAUUGGAUGCAGUUGUCAUGAGCCGUGGUUAUGAACAAGAUCCAGACCAUUUCUAUCUGCCAACUACACUUCCACACAUGGACCUGAAACAACCAUCGAAAGAGGAGCUCGAUAACACAAUGUACAUCUUUUGA